AGCUGCCAGAAACGGCUGCAUUGAUACACCUGUUGAAUCCUUUGAGUUUCGUUAAAUAAGUUAAUGAUAACAGGUAACGUCUGCAAUCAUAUCAUUGCUGAACCUGUCCUUCCUUCCUUGCCCUGCAGUACUACUAGUGGCGGCCAGCAAGUUCAGCUUUACGGCAGCAGUAAAGAAGAAUACUUUAAAACCUUACUCAGGCACAAAGGCAAGCCGGCAGCACUGAAUGCGAACGACAGAGGCUUGGGUUGAGAAGCAGCAUCAGCAGAGAGAAAUAAGUUACACUUGAUUCCAGUAUCUCUCUCGGAAAGCAACAUGGCCUUACAAACAAACCACAGCGGUGUUCUGCUGCUUAGCCUAGUCUGCUCUGCUCUGCUGUUCAGUCGGGUGUUCUGCGGAAACGAAGCCGAAGAAGAUGAACACUCGAAACAUUUGUACACGGCUGAGAUGUUCACUAACGCCAUUGCGGCCAGCCCGCACUUCGUCAUGUUCUUCGCUCCUUGGUGUGGCCACUGUCAGAGGCUACAGGGAACAUGGAAUGAGAUGGGGGACAAAUACAAUAAUAUGGAAAACCCCCCAGCCUAUGUAGUCAAGGUGGACUGCACUCAGCAUACCUCACUCUGCUCUGAGCAGGGAGUCCGUGGAUACCCCACACUAAAGCUGUUCAAGCCUGACCAGGAAGCAGUAAAGUACCAGGGUGCUCGUGAUUUGCAGACACUUGAGAACUGGAUGCUGAAGACUCUGGAUGAGGAGCCUGCUCAGCCAGAGUCUGAACCUGAGCCAACCAAAGCCCCUGAACCAAAGCAGGGCAUGUAUGAUCUCACAGCUUCUAACUUCAAGGCACAUGUUGAUCAAGGAUAUCACUUAAUUAAAUUCUUUGCACCUUGGUGUGGACAUUGCAAAGCCCUUGCCCCAACCUGGGAGCAGCUGGCUUUUGUCUUUCAGCACUCUGAAACAGUCAAAAUAGGCAAGGUUGACUGUACUCAACAUUAUGAGAUUUGCUCGCAGAAUCAAGUGCGUGGAUAUCCUACUCUCUUAUGGUUUAAGAAUGGAGAAAAGGUUGAUCAGUACAGAGGGAAGAGGGACCUGGAUUCCUUGAAGGAGUUUGUGGACUCCCAGCUAAAGGUUGCCUCGGAGCCUACUGAGGACGCUUCAGACAAUGAGGUGCAACAGCAAGCUGAAGAAGCUGCAAAGGAGGAGCACGAGGAGCAGGAGUCCACUGUCCUUACCCUGGGUGAAAGUAACUUUGAUGAGACAGUUGCCAAAGGUCUUACUUUUAUCAAGUUUUAUGCCCCAUGGUGUGGUCACUGUAAAAAUCUUGUUCCUACUUGGGAAGAUCUCUCUAAGAAGGAGUUCCCUGGUCUGACAGAUGUGAAGAUUGCCAAAGUGGACUGCACUGUUGAGCGGACGCUGUGCAAUCGCUUCUCUGUCAGAGGCUACCCAACUCUACUGCUGUUCCGUGCUGGUCAACAAGGUGACGAACAUAAUGGAGGCAGAGAUCUUGAAAGUUUGCAUAGCUUUGUGAUGCGCCAGGCCAGAGAUGAACUGUAGCACACAGUUGCCCCUUCCAGCUUUCUUUUACUACCAUUCUUUGCUUUCAGACCUUGGUUCUGUUACUGUUUUGUUACUGAAGGUAUAGGAGAAGAUGUGGUUAUCUGGACUGAUCUUUCAGUCAUUUACGUGGGUGAGAGAUGGAACUGAUUUAAUGAGUAGAUGAGUGUGUGUUUUUAUUUCUUAACUUUCAUCAGCAAGUCUACAACUGCCCGUUCUUCUCAUAGCGCCAAUAUAGUUUUAUUUCCUGGGUUCUUUUUUUUUUUUUAAUAUAAAUUCAUUGUUUGCUUGACUGUGAAGCUUAAAAGUGAAGGUAGAUAGUGCAGUACAGUUUCCUGCACGUGAGCAUUUUGGGUUGACUUUCCAGAACUGUUGAUUGAUUUGCUACAUUGUAAUGGCACUGUCUUACUUACUUUAACUCUUCAAUCAUCAAUGUAGAUUCUGAACUCUUUUUAUAUAUGCAGAUACAUUUUGACACACCAUACUUGACUACUGUAUUUUAUUUUUCUGGUAUGAAGUUAGAACAGACUUCUUGCCUAGCAAAGGCUUUGGUUUGUUCAACAUGCAGGUAACCAGAUUUCACUGUAUCAUAUCAUGCAUUAUUAUCUCCUCAACAUGAGUAAAAGCACAACUAUGGAUUUUGUACUGUGAGCAUUGGGCCUUAAUGACCCAGGAAGUAGCUUAUUAUAAACUUCUGUGUUUUUAGUUGUUGAUUCGAUGAUAUGGUUUAAUUUAUGUAGCUUCUAAUUAUUUUGCAUCUGGUGGGGCUUGGCUGUAAAGAGGUGGUACCUGUUUAGAAUAUGUUCUGUUCAUGGUAUGGAACUUCACUGUCAUUGGCCAUCUGUGCUUGGAAAAACUGACAUUCAACCCUUCUGUUUUAAAAGUGUACUUCUUCUGACCAGGGUUUGAUGUGUGUAAACUUUAAUUGCUUUUAAAACUGUCACCAUUUUACCACCAGAACUACGAAGUUUGACACAUGACACAUGCCUUAACCCCCAUCAGCGGCAAUAAUUAUGCUCACACGGAGGGCGGAAAUGGGAUGCCAAUGCACCUCACAUACAGUACAUAAAAGUGGUUAACUUAUAAUUUAACGCAAAAGAACGAACGAUAAAUAAUAAUAAAAAGUUACAUUGUACUUGCAAACUUAACAUGUACAAAAUGUUGUAAAACAAAAAUCAAACUUGCAUACAUAACAAAAAAAGAGAUAGGCUCUGUCUAUUCCCAGAAUAAAAUCGUACUUUUUCAAUAAUGUACUGUAGGAGAUAAGCAGGCUACUUAAAAAAAAAUAAAAAAAAUAUGCAGCAACCAAAUAGUGCUGGAAAACAUGUGUAUUAUAUACACAUACAUCAUUCUAAGAGGAAAUUGAGUACAUAUAACUAAUAUAAAUCGAUCAUUUGUCUACAUCUAUCCCAGCUCCCCUACAACUCUGUAUUAUGUAAGUAAACAGGAGCUACAUUUGGUAGCCUAUACAAUAUAUUUUUGACUGGGGAUGGAAAAAAUAAUAAUCAUAGUUGUUCAAUACUGUGCUGUAUCAAUAAAGAAUGCAAUUAUCAAACACAGUACUGGAAACUAAUGUAUUCUAAAUACUGUAUAUGCAGUUUCAUGAAAAUGACUAUUGGCUAAACAAAAAUAUUUAGGGCUAAUUCACUGCAUUUGAAGAUGCACCAUUUCUACAUCCCCUUCAGCUCUCCUGCAACUCUCAACAAUCUGUUCUGCCAGUAAGCAGGAGCUGUGAUUGUGGUAUGUGAAAAAUGUAUCUUUUUAGUAUCCCUUGGAAGGCAGAGAAACUAUCGUGUACUUUUUGAUUAAGUAUUACUCCAAUUUCCCCAGAGUCAGACAAGUCUGUAGAAGGUCUGUAGAAUCUGCUUUCUUAGAAUGACCUUAACGAAGGUGUAGGCAAUAUGUGCAUAUUAUUUAAUGCUUGGAAAAGAAACUGUGACAAGUGUUUGAUUAUUAAAGAUAGCGUUAUCUCCGUCACCAGAAGUGCCCUCGCACAGCUCCUUUAAUAUUAACUCUGCCAGCUAUAUGGAGCGUCUUGCUCACAUUGAUGUCUUGUAUGUCUAUAAUCUAAACGGAACUUAAGCUGUCAUCCAUAUAAGACUUAAAAUCGGUUUACUCAUUGGCCAUUAUAUUAUUAGUGUAUUUGGUGAUAUUAAUAAGGCAAUCAGUAAAUCACUCCAGGGGGAAUACCCCAUCAGGGUUGAGUUUUAAAGAGCAAUUAGAGCCACCUCUGUAUUUAGAUGAUUAAAACACACCCUGUUAUUUGUACUUUUAUAAUAAGUAAAUAAAAUAAGAGUGAUCUAACAUUUGCUGCCCCUUGUAUGUACAGUAUAUUGAUUGGUUCUAGGGCACAUCAGUUGUGUUCAGAUUUGUGUCUCAAUGUUCCUAUUACAGUAUAUUGUUAUGUGAAUGAUCUUUUCCUAUAUGCUAAGGAUUGUCUCCUGCAUGUAUUUUUCUUUUGUUUUCUCCUGUAUACUUUUUCUUUUUUCUUUUCCCCCUGCCUGAGGCACACACUUCUGCCCAUGUGGUACUGAAGUGAAAAGCUCUGCAGGCCAAAAGUUAAAUAGGAAGUGUAACAAAAUGCUUUCUAUUCUUUACCAUUGACUAACGCAACUGUAAAACUGCCUGGCUUAAAGUUCCUUAUAAAAAUACAGUAACAGUCCAAAAAUUUCCAGGGCUUUCCUACAAAUGUCAUUGUUUUAUGUGUGUGUGACAGUAUUUUUUAAAGUUAGAUUUAUGCCCAUUCAAUUAGGGAAACAAAUGACUGGACAGGAAAACACUUAAUGUCAGUAAAAAUCUUUAUGCAUAGCACAUGGUGUAAAAGACAUAUAAAAGUCUCCAGUGAAGGAAAGCUGUUUUUUUUUUUUUUGUUUGUUUGUUUUCUUUUUGUUUUUACAUUGCCCCAAGUACAAAAACAAAAUUGAUUGUAAAAUUGUUUACAUGACUUUCUGACAAUUUCAUAAUAAAUUUUUUCCAAAAAACUG